AUGGCGUUGGAGCUACCCCCGGAUGAUGAUGUGGGCCCUGAGAUCCUCAUGGAAAAGGGUACUUUGUCAAUGAGUUGCCCGGUGGUAGACCUGGUGACACCUUCUCGUGCUAUCCAGCGGCUACCUAGCUUGGAGACACCACCCGAUAAACCGAUCUACUGCUGCAAAAAGGGAUGUGUGGCACAAUUUCGGAUGGGUGACAGCAGGAUGAAGCACCUCAAAGGCCUUCGACAAACUAUGGGUCCAAUGACUGGGCAUGAUCUGAAUCAAUUCCUCCUUGGCCAAUUGAAACAACUGGACCGAUUGGUCCCUGACUCCAACUUCUCUGACGAAAAGGAUGUCCAGAAAUCUUGCCCGAUCAAGUUCCAAAUAUGUGGCUUCCAGCUAUGUGAGAAGGCUUGGUGCGUUCUCAUGGGUGUCAAUGAGAAGAGGGUGAGACGGCUAUCAUCGGGUCUUCUGACCAACAUUGUGCCAACUGAUAUGCGCUCCUACAAUGGCCGAGCACCAACGGGGAAGAAUGAUUCAGUGGAUGGAUUCCUUGGACAUGUUUACUGGCACCUGGCAGAGCCUUUGGCUGAAACUGCCCCUAUCGAAGAAGUCUCUGGUGCAGCGCUAUCAUCCUCUGGCAUUUUUGUCCCCAGUGCCACUGACUCUGACCUUCCGGAAGCUCUCCUUGGUGGCGCUUUGCAUUUCAAUGCUGAGUCAUUGAACCAGAGCAACCCAGUGGCUGCUGCAGAGCUUAUGGGUGCUGGGGCAAAAGACAGUGGGUUGCAACCACGACACCUGCAACAUAUGUCAAUGGAGGGGUUCUAUGAGCUCUACCGUCUAUGGGCUGGCAAUGCUGAGCCUACAGAGAUUGCAGGCAGCCGCCUGUUUGCAAGCAUCUACCAAGAGCGCUGGAGGGACUUGAUUCGUUUCAGAGAAACAAGUCAGCACGCCAAGUAG